ACACGGUGAUUGAAUCCGACGUGCAAUUUGUGACUUUUGGCGCCAAACCUAACACUGAAAUCAUAAAAACAUUAGACCUUUCGCUUCUUGAAUCUGAUACAAGGUUGGUUAAAGUCAAACCCACACUUGAAUUAGACAAUGAAAACUACGAUCGUAUAUUUGCUGCAGGAGAUAUCACCAAUAUUCAAGAAACUAAAAUGGCUUUCCGGGCAACGCAGCAUGCCGAUAUAGUUGUAAAGAAUGUGCUGGCAAAGAUAAAUAAUAAUAAAUUGAGCGACUAUCAACCCAUGUCUGAAGUAAUGUUUGUUACUAUUGGAAAGAAUAAGGGAGCUGGUCUUUUACCGAUUUUUGGUGGUCUGGUUGUUGGAAGCUUCCUAGUUAAACAAUUAAAAGGCAAAGAUUUGACUGUCGAUAGUACCUGGAAAACAUUGAAUGCCAAACAACAAAAUCAGAGAAAUUUUAUGAGAAAUUUAACUACUCGCACACCUCACGGAAACAUGCCGAGGAAAAAUUGCGAGUGCCUUAGGGCAGUAAAGUAUGAGAGAAAUAAUAUCAGAUAUAUGAAAGCGAGCAGAUUUCUAAAUAACUUUGAGCCUUGGAUACAAUCAUAUUGGUUACAAGUGGAAGCCUCACUUAACAGGGACAAAAAUGAAGAUGAGCCAAUAUCCGAACAAAGUAUUUACGACGUGUUUGAUGAUGAUGAGAUACAAACAACUCAC